GUUUGAUAAUGCCAUGUGCAUUUUCCUAAAGUGCCUUCAUCAAGUGGAGAAAGUCGUCGAGACAAUGACACAAAGCAGGAUGCCCUAUUUAAUCCAGGAUGGUGGUAAAAUACACGACCCUGAGGAAAGGCGAACGUAUUCGAUCAAAUGGAGUGGAAACAGCGAGGAGAAUUGGACCAAGGCCCUUAAAGGAAUGUUACUGAAUAUGAAGUGGAUCAUCGCUAGACUAGUCGCUCUGGAUGGUCAGCGACGUAUUUCUCAGCUUGGAACGGACGCAAGGAAUGCUUCAACGCCGACGGCCAGCGGAUCCAGAUG